CCGAACAUUUCGACCCGGCUAUUUGGUGCUACACGAAAAUAUUGUUUUGCAUUAUGACUGCAUUUGAGGAAAUGGGUGUCCUACCUGAAAUAGGUCAGGCAUUGGAAGAACUUGAUUGGACCCUUCCAACUGACGUGCAGUCUGAAGCCAUUCCGCAGAUCCUUGGGGGAGGAGAUGUCCUCAUGGCUGCUGAAACUGGAAGUGGAAAGACUGGAGCUUUUUGUCUACCAAUUUUACAAAUUGUCCAUGAAACACUAAGAGAUCAAAGAGAAGGGAAAGGCCUUGGUCAAAGUCGUGGUCCUAAGUCUGUUUCAGGUGGUGGCAAAUGGAAAAUGAAUAUGUUUGACAGGGGAGAUGCUAUGGCCAUUGACCCGGAAGGUUUGCUCUGUCAAGCAAGGGACCCGUCUGGUUGGCAUGGAACACGAUCCAACAAGGGUGUUACUGGGAAAGGUUUAUACUUCUAUGAAGGCACGGUCACAGACGAAGGACUGUGUCGACUUGGCUGGUCGACCGGGAAGGCGAGUCUUGACUUGGGGACGGAUCGGUUUGGAUUCGGCUUUGGAGGCACUGGGAAAAAGUCGUAUGGGAAACAGUUUGACUCAUAUGGCCAGUCUUUUGGUGUAAAUGAUACCAUUGGAUGUUACCUGGAUCUUAAUAAUGGUGAAAUUAAAUGGGCAAAAAAUGGAGUGGACCUCGGGAAAGCAUACGACAUUGCAGAAAAUAUAAGACAAGAAACGUUCUAUGCAGCUGUUGUUCUCAAGAAUGCAGAAAUUGAGUUUAAUUUUGGAGACACACCAUUUAAGUAUCCACCAAAGGGAAAUUAUGCUGCUCUGAGUUCUUGUCCGAAGGAUUGUCUGAUUGACUCGCGCAUAGUGGCACACAGCGCAGUCAAUGCUAAGCCAGCGCCUAAUGCUCCUCAGGCCAUCAUUAUUGAGCCAUCCAGGGAGUUGGCUGAACAGACACUGACCCAGUUGCAGAAGUUCCAGAAGCAUCUUACUAAUCCUACCAUCCGAACGCUACUCAUUAUCGGUGGAAUCAGUGCUAAAGAACAGAUGGAUGCUCUAGAGAAAGGAGUUGACAUUGUCUGCGGUACGCCUGGAAGAUUAGAAGACCUGAUUUCCACCAGUAAGCUGGCAUUGCAUCAGAUUCGAUUCUUUGUUCUAGACGAAUGUGACGGUCUUCUCUCUCAAGGCUACACAGGUCUCAUCACCCGCCUACACCAACAGAUUCCAAAAGUGACGAACGAUGGCAAGAGAUUGCAAAUGGUGGUGUGUUCUGCAACACUUCACUCCUUCGAUGUGAAGAAAAUGGCAGAAAACCUGAUGUACUUUCCGACCUGGAUCGACCUCAAAGGUCAGGAUGCCGUGCCUGAGACCGUGCAUCAUGUGGUUUGUUUGGUGGACCCACGAAAAGACACUUCUUGGAAAAACCUUCGCCAACACAUCACAACUGACGGUGUCCAUCAGAAAGAUAGUCUGGAUGGGUCAAGUGCAGAGUCUGUGUCGGAGGCUGUGAAGAUUCUCAAGGGAGAGUACUGCAUCCGGGCGAUCAAAGAACACAAUAUGGAUCGCGCACUGAUUUUCUGCCGGACUAAACUGGAUUGUGACAAUCUCGAGCAGUACUUCAUGAGAGUGGGAGGUGGCAGCCUCUCUUGUGUGUGUCUGCACAGUGAUAGGAAACCACCGGAGAGAAAGGCCAACCUCCAGAAAUUUAAGGACAGCAAAGUGAAGUUUAUGAUUUGUACUGAUGUUGCGGCAAGAGGUAUUGAUGUGUCAGGAGUUCCUUAUGUGAUUAACGUGACUCUUCCUGAUGAGAAACAGAAUUACAUUCAUCGAAUUGGUCGGGUCGGCAGAGCGGAACGAAUGGGACUUGCCUUCAGUCUUGUUGCAAGUGUCAAAGAAAAGGUGUGGUAUCAUUCCAAUUGUAACACAAAGGGACGUGGCUGUUACAACACAAACCUUACAGAUCAUGGUGGCUGUUGUAUUUGGUAUAAUGAACCGCAGUUGAAGUCUGAUGUGGAGGAACACCUUGAUAUCACCAUUGAUCUUGUCGAACCAGACAUGAAGAUUUCCAUCAACGAGUUUGAUGGCAAGGUUACCUACGGACAGAAGCGGAGAAAUAUCGGAAACAUGUACCAAGGUCACGUGCAGAUUUUGGCACCAACCGUUUCGGAACUAGCCCAGCUGGAGAAGAGGGCCCAGUCUUCGUUUAUUGACUUGAAAUACAGAAAGAAGUUCUCACGGACUUGAAGAAACUUUUCCAAAAGGUCCAAAAAGUGUCUACAUUAUGGACACAGAAGCUGCUGUUACUGUCAGCCUUAUUGUUUCGUAAUGAAUAAAAUUUCAAAACAA